UUGCCUGGAGCUCCAGACGCCUAGGCAAGAGCCCGCUGCGCCCCCUGCGCGCUCCUCCUGCUCGCGGCACGGCUCCUACCUGUAGAGUCCGGACGGGCGCUCCCUCCCCGGGCACCUACACCUUCUCCUCCUUCGGAAGUCUCCCGUCCAGCUACCCGGGUCUUGGACAGGCGGCACCGGGACCCCGAGGCAGGGCGCCAGGCUUGAAACAGGUGACAUGUAGACGUCCCCUGGUCCAACCUCGGAACCUGAGCGCCCUUCUGCCUGGAAAGUUUGUGGCUAGGCGCCAUGGCCAAGAGCAGCUCGCUGAAUGUUCGCGUGGUGGAGGGCCGCGCGCUGCCCGCCAAGGACGUGUCUGGGAGCAGCGACCCCUACUGCCUAGUGAAAGUGGAUGACGAGGUGGUGGCCAGGACAGCGACCGUCUGGAGGAGCCUGGGCCCCUUCUGGGGGGAGGAGUACACUGUGCACCUGCCUCUGGAUUUCCACCAGCUGGCCUUCUACGUGCUGGACGAGGACACCGUCGGGCAUGACGACAUCAUCGGCAAGAUCUCGCUGAGCAGGGAGGCGAUUACAGCUGAUCCCAGAGGGAUUGACAGCUGGAUUAACUUGAGCCGAGUGGACCCAGAUGCAGAAGUGCAGGGUGAGAUCUGCCUGUCAGUGCAGAUGCUGGAGGAUGGGCGGGGCCGCUGCCUUCGAUGCCAUGUGCUUCAGGCCAGGUAUGCUCAAGGGUCUGUGUGUCUCUCCCAAAAGGUGGAGUUCUCUCCGAAGACCCUCCAGCAGAAGCCACCCAACGGCUGGUUCCGCCUGCUGCCCUUUCCCAGAGCCGAGGAGGAUUCUGGGAGAAACCUGGGUGCCCUGCGAGUGAAGGUACGCCUGAUCGAGGACCGCGUCCUGCCCUCCCAGUGCUACCAGCCUCUCGUGGAGCUGCUCAUGGAGUCUGUGCUGGGGCCAGCAGAGGAGGACACUGCUAGCCCCCUGGCCUUGCUGGAAGAGCUGACAUUGGGGGACUGCCGCCAGGACCUUGCCACCAAGCUGGUGAAACUCUUUCUUGGCCGGGGACUGGCUGGACCCUUUCUGGACUAUCUUACCCGGCGUGAGGUGGCUCGGACCAUGGACCCCAACACCCUCUUCCGUUCUAACUCCCUGGCAUCCAAGUCGAUGGAACAGUUUAUGAAGCUCGUGGGCAUGCCCUACCUGCACGAGGUCCUGAAGCCCAUGAUUAGCCGCAUCUUUGAGGAGAAGAAGUACAUGGAGCUGGAUCCCUGCAAGAUGGACCUGGGCCGCACCCGGAGGAUCUCCUUCAAAGGUGCGCCCUCGGAGGAGCAGAUGCGGGAGACCAGCCUGGGGCUGCUGACGGGCUACCUGGGGCCCAUCGUGGACGCCAUCGUGGGCUCCGUGGGGCGCUGCCCGCCCGCCAUGCGCCUCGCCUUCAAGCAGCUGCACCGGCGCGUGAAGGAACGCUUCCCCGAGCCAGAGCACCAGGAUGUGAAGUACCUGGCCAUCAGCGGAUUUCUCUUCUUGCGAUUCUUCGCGCCUGCCAUCCUUACCCCAAAGCUGUUUGACUUGCGGGACCAACACGCGGACCCCCAGACCAGCCGCUCACUGCUGUUGCUUGCCAAGGCUGUGCAGAGCAUCGGAAACCUGGGCCAGCAGCUGGGCCAGGGCAAGGAACUGUGGAUGGCCCCCCUGCACCCCUUCCUGCUACAGAGCGUCUCACGUGUGAGAGACUUCCUGGACCGGCUGGUGGAUGUGGAUGGGGAUGAAGAAGCUGGUGUCCCAGCCCGGGCCCUGUUCCCGCCCUCGGCCAUUGUUCGAGAAGGCUAUCUGCUGAAGCGCAAGGAGGAGCCUGCCGGCCUGGCCACGCGCUUUGCCUUCAAGAAGCGCUACUUCUGGCUCAGCGGGGAGACCCUCUCCUUCUCCAAGAGUCCUGAGUGGCAGACCCGCCACUCCAUCCCCGUGUCGCACAUCCGCGCCGUGGAGCGCGUAGACGAGGGCGCCUUCCAACUGCCCCACGUGAUGCAGGUGGUGACGCAGGACGGCGCGGGGGCGCUGCACACCACCUACCUCCAGUGCAAGAAUGUGAACGAGCUCAACCAGUGGCUCUCGGCCUUGCGCAAGGCCAGCGCCCCCAACCCGGACAAGCUGGCCGCCUGCCACCCCGGUGCCUUCCGCAGCGCGCGCUGGACCUGCUGCCUCCAGGCUGAGCGCUCAGCCGCCGGCUGCAGCCGUACACACUCAGCUGUCACCCUGGGGGACUGGAGUGACCCAUUGGAUCCCGAUGCUGAGGCCCAGACGGUGUAUCGGCAGCUGCUCCUGGGGCGGGACCAGCUCAGGCUGAAAUUACUGGAGGAUUCUAAUAUGGAUACAGCUCUGGAGGCAGACACAGGGGCCUGUCCUGAGGUCCUGGCCCGGCAAAGAGCAGCAGCUGCCCGCCUGCUGGAGGUGCUCGCAGACCUGGAUCGUGCCCAUGAGGAGUUCCAGCAGCAAGAGCGAGGGAAGGCGGCCCUGGGCCCACUUGGCCCCUGAGGAAAUGCCACAGCUAGCCCGACAGGAGGAGCAAGGAGGUGGGGAACCCUCUCCUCAGCGCAUCCUGCCCCAGGAAUCUCCUGUCUCCUUGUACCUCUUUGAUUCUGUGGUUUGGAGGCUCCCAGAGACGUACCUCGUCCUGUGUGCCUUGAGUCCAGAACUCAGGGCAUGGAAGCCCUUUGGCAGGGGCUAGCCUUGCACUGAGCGAAUCUCGCUCUCUGGGUUGAUUCAGACUGGAGUGGAUAGGAUAAGGAAUCUGACUUAUUUGACUGAGACCGGGGUCUCUGCUUCACCAAACUGGCCUCUAUCCAUACCAAGGAGGCCAGCCUGGCUCUGAGCUGCUGGAUACAGCUGGACCUGAAUUCCUGAAGCCCAUGUGAUGUUGUUGCCCCAGAUAGGCACUAAAUGGGCUCACUCCUCCCUGUUUUUGUGUCUGCUAAUCCCUAUAACCUCGCUGAUUCUUCUGUACCCUGCCCUUGGCCUAGGACCCCAACCACAAGCUUCCAGAAUCAGGUACCCUCAGGAAGAACCAAGGCUGGGUGGGGGUCCAGUGUGCCACACUCAGACCCUUGGAGCCUGGGAGACCUUAGGCCAGGCUCUUUGUCUCUCUUUGGGGCUCAGAUUACCCUGUAUAAAAAGAGGAGGGAAAGUCUA